AUGCUGAACGUGUCGAGGGAUGCGAGCGCAGAGGAGAUCAGAGAAGCUUGGAGGAGCAUGGCUGUGUUGCUGCACCCCGAUAAGCAACCCAUCGCGCUCAAAUCGCAAGCUGAAGCGCGUUUUCGAGCAGUGCAGAGAGCUUACGAGGUCUUGUCGGACGAAGAGAAGCGAGCAGUGUACGAUCACUUGGGUUUGCGAGCAUUGGGCCAAUCUUGGGCUCUCACCACCACGCGCGAUAAUCACGCGCCCGAUGCCAGGCAGAUGCGCAUGGAGCUGGAGAGGGCUGCCAUGCGCAAAGCGGCCGAGGAUGCAGAGGCGCUGGUCAAGAGCAGAGGCGAUUUCGAGUGCAGGCUGGACGCCAGCACGCUGUUCUGUCAUGCUGGUCGCGUACCGCGCAAAUUGGGCUCCACUGGACCUCUGCGCCUCUCUGAACGUCUCAACAGGGUCGGCUGCACCCAGCUGGUGGGCAGGCACGGAUUCGAAGUGCCAGUGGGCCAAAACAGCAGGGCUACGCUCAAUGCGCAGAUGAUCAGCAGAGCGGGCGCGGGUGCGGGCAAUCUGAUCGGCAGCAUCAAAACGCAGUGGAGUCCGCGCUUGUGGAGCGAGUUCAACUGCACUGCUCUCAAGCCUCACGUGGCCACCGCCAAGGCGCAUUGGGACCUCAACCAGCUCUCGUGAGUGUGCAGGUGGUGCUGUUGACUUUUGAUCGCAUCUCAUUUCGGUCUUUUUGCUUCGCUGACCUCCCUCCUCCCCUCAACCUCCUUGCGCUCUUGCCCACAAAUCAGCUUCUUCACCUUUGUAGCCACACAACAAUCACUCGCAGCACCGCCCGACCUGAACGUGACGUAUGGACAAAGGCUCUCCUCCAAGUCCACCUUGACUGGCUUCACCUCUUUCAAAUUGGGCCACUACGUCUUGCCCUUGACCAGCUGGGGAGCGGGAGUUCCGCUCAUGCAGCAAGAACCGCCAAGCAUCACGAUCGGCUUGACCAGCCAAUCCGCGCCCGACAAGGGUUGGACAGCUCAAACCACCGUAUCGUCCCUCGGACCUGCGCUCUCCCUUUCCCGCGGAACGCGAUUAGCGCUGCUUGGAGGAGCGCGCAUCAAGUCGGGCAUUUCCAUCGGUGCGGCGCAGGGUGUGGAUGUGUCCCUGUUUGCGGAGAGAAGAGUGACGGAGAGCACAAAGUUGAUGUUGGGACUUUCGGCAGGCAUACCAAGGCCCGGUUUGACUUUGCGCAUCCGCGUAUCGCGAUUGGGACAGAAGCUCAGCGUGCCCGUUUUGAUCUCGCCGGAAUUCAGAUCGGACCUUGCGCUGGGCUUUUUGAUCAUUCCUGCUGCUGCCUUGCUCGCUUUGGAACACUUUUACUUGAAGCCGAGCAAGAGGAGCAGGAUCACCAAUAGGCUUAGAGAGCUUAGGGGCAGGAACAAGCUGCUGAUCAGAGAGCGAUUGGAGGCGGCAAAGGAGGCCAGAUUGGUGUUGAACAAUAGCGCCAGGCUCAAGGCGAGGCGGGCGUGGGAUAGCAAUGGACUGCUCGUACUGAGCGCCUUGUAUGGCCGCAAGGAGCAUUUCGGUAGAGCGUUGGGAGAGGCGGAGGAGGAGGAGGUGCUGCUUGGAGCGCAGCAGGUGGCUAGCAGGGACUUGGAAGAGGUGUAUAGAGAGGCUUGGCAAGGAACGCAUGUGGUUGGGGCGCAAGAGAUCGAGGAGGAGGAGGAGGAGGGUGUGGAUGUGUGGGAUGUGAGGAUACCUUUGCAGGCUUUGGCCCAUAGAGAUCAGAUUACGAUUCAUGGCGGGAGAGCAAAGGUGAGCGAGCGAUUUGGGCGGUAUGGGCCAGCAAACGGACGAAGCGCGCUUGGACUGCUCCUGACUGAUUAUGCUUCAAAAUUCACCUGGCAUUCGCUUCAGUCAUCUUUGUUGGGCUUCUUUGAUCCUUGUAUGGGAGAAAGGAAACAUUUGUUGGUCAGAUAUCUGUUCCGCGGAAGAUUGCACCAGGUCAUCAUCAAUGAUGUGGAGCAGCUGACUUUGCCCCUUCGAGGUGAGUUUGCCUUUGGCGCGUGUUUGCGCGGCUCGGGGAAAAUGUACAGCAUAGCUGAUGUGGCCAAGGACUCGUGCCACACUCGCCGCACAGCACAUCAAGUAUAG